GGAAGGAGGAGGAAGAGAAGGAGGAGAAUUCCCCCCCGUUAUACAUUUUGGGCUGUGGUGUUGAGCUCAGAGUAGAGAAGACUCAGGUGGGAAAGAUGAAGAUGAAGCUGGUGGUUGUUUUGCUUUGCCUGGUCCUGCUGACUGUUCACACAGAUGCCAACCCUAUUAUUACAGAGAAGAAUGCCAAGCAACUUCUUCGCCGCAAGAGACAGGACAGGCCGCAGAAGGCCGGCCACCCUGACGAGCCGAUGAGGGAACAUAUGCUCCACAUGCAGGCUCUGCAGCAGAGGGCCCAGGAGACCAACAUGGAGUACUGGCUGAACCCACACUGCCCACCGCGCUGCGACAGAAACUACGGCCACCCGGUCUGAGCAGCACCAAGAGAACCAUCUGGAGCGACGGAUUUCACGAAGAGAAAUGGAAACAAGCGUUAAAAAUAUAUCCUAAAACUUUUCUUCUCACAAUUUCUGGAGAAACGUUGUUAGAAAUAUUUCCUAAUGUAGAAAAGUGUAGUUUACCUCCUUUAAUAGCUUUUAUUUUCUGUAUUUUUUAUAGUACCAAUUAUGAAAAGAAAUAAAUAAUACAAAAAUAAACUAACAUUGAAUAAAUAA